GUGUCGAAUCCACGCGGCCCAGCUCUCUUUCUCUCCUCUUUCGCCAAGCCCUAGACGCACCACCCUAAGCCACCGCAGCACCGCUGCGGCUUUGCCACCGGAGUUCGUCGGACCACCGUGUGGAUCCCGGUCCGUCGACGCAGGCGAGGGCCUCCGACGCCGAUCGAAGUGCUGUCGCUGCUGUUUGUUUAGCCCCGUUGGUCCUCGACAACAGACUCUUCAACUUGUUCAGUUCAUACAAUGCAACCUCUGCGGCAACCGUUUCAACUUGUUGAUCAGGACAUGCCAGAAGCUAACAUGGGGAUGUCAGAGCAGAUGCCACAUUUUCCGCAACUUGGGCACCAUAUGCCUCACUCUGGUCUUGUUCUACCUGCACCACGAGCUGUGCUACCUGGUGGAUAUAUGCCAAACAUGGGUGCCCCUAUGCAGCCUCCGUUUUAUACUUAUCAACAAAUGUGGGUUCCUGUUCUAGUUCACCCCCUGGGUUCAACUCAGCAUCACACCAUGUCUGCUUGGUUGCCCUCAGUUAGCUCAUCUGACCCUAGCCCUUUGGAUUGGCAAGAGUACUUUUCACAUGAAGGGAAAAAGUACUAUUACAAUAGGAGGACAAAGCAAUCAAGUUGGUACAAACCUGCCGAGUUGAUGACACCUUUGGAGAGGGCUGAUGCGACUACUGCUUGGAAUGAGUAUACUACGGAUGAAGGACGGAAGUACUACCACAACAGAGUGACGAAGAAAUCUCAAUGGACUAUUCCUGAGGAGCUGAAGAUUGCACGUGAACUAGCAGAGAAGGCGUCAAGCCAACGGCCUGAUCAGGACGCUCAAACCACUGCUGGCGCCUAUGUUGGAUCCUCUUAUGCUGCUUCAAGCACACACGAUGCAGUGGCGGUCGUUUCUGAAAGAAUAGAUCAAGAGUUGAGGAUUUGAGUCUUGGCCCAUGGUAGCAUUAGAUCAAAAGUUGUUGAUUUGACGAAAAAGUUGAUUGUGCUUAAGUUAUUUAAGGUACCCGUUCCAGAGUUGCUAUACCGUA